AUGCUAAACUCACCUAGUGAUAAAAUGACUUUUUCAUCAAUCAUUAAAUUCUUCUUACAGGAUGAUGAAUAUCAUCAAAUGGGAUUGGAUUGCUUACGCAAGGCCUAUGAACUGUUGCAAGUGCCCGAUUGGAAAGUUGAAAAAGUUACCAAAAAGGGUGAUACAAUAAGUAGUAUACAUCGUGAGAAAUUGGGGAAGAUUUACAAAUUAACAGGUCGCCUUAAAUAUCCUGCCAAAGCUUUGUGUAAUGAAUUGUUUUAUAAAAUUGAAGAGGCACCUCAUUGGAAUCCCACUAUGUUGGAAUCAAAGAUUGUGAGAAAAGUAAAUACUUAUACGGACAUUACUUACCAGGCUACGGUAGGUGGUGGAGGUGGCAUGAUUAAAUCCCGUGAUUUUGUAAAUUUACGCUGCUGGCGACUUUUUGUAGAUGGUAAAAUGCGUGAAACCUAUGUGGAAAGCGAUUCUUCGGAGGACGAAGAAAUGCUCAAUAACUCCUGUGAGGGUAGUGUUUCUACAAUAUCCGAUGCCGAUGAAGGCGCUCAAUCCAGCAGUGUGGGUAGUUGUAAGAAUAGUACUAGCAUGACUCUACAUAAGGAUAAUGUGGCCGCUUUUCAGACAUUAAGCAAAAGUCUGGGCGCAAAGGAUUUCAGUGAAGCUAUGCGUAUUAAUUUCAGUGAACCACCUCCUUUAGAUGAUGAAUUUGAAGAUGCUAAAGAUCAUGUUGAAGAUGAAGAACAAACAAAAAACUCACAGAGCACACAAUCACCUUUAAAAGGUUUCAAUGCCAAGGGCCGGGUGUGGUUAAGUGCUGCGUUAAGUGUGGAUUAUGAUAGAGUGCCAGCGAAUACGAAAUAUAUAAGAGGUGAAAAUUUGGUUGCUGGAUUUGCUAUGCAUGAAAUAGAGGGUAAAACCGAUGCCUGUAUAUUUGAGUGGAUUUUGUGUUUAGAUUUGAAAGGCUAUAUACCACGUUAUGUAUUAGAUACUGUAAGUAUUUUCACUAAAAAUUAAUUCCAGUGCUUAUUUA